GGUGUCAAAGAAGGCGCUAAACUAGUGCUCGACGGCCGGGACCUCAAAGUGAAUGGCUUUGAGUCCGGAAAUUUCGUCGGACCCACUAUUCUGACUGAUGUCCGGCCAAACAUGAAGUGCUAUAAAGAAGAGAUCUUUGGCCCUGUUUUAGUGAUACUCAGUGUCGACACAUUAGACGAAGCCAUUGAGAUCAUUAACGCCAACCCCUAUGGCAACGGAACGGCUAUAUUUACGACCAACGGUGCCAUCGCUCGCAAGUUUACACAUGAGGCAGAUGUGGGACAAGUGGGCAUCAAUGUGCCAAUUCCUGUGCCACUUCCCAUGUUUUCAUUCACCGGCAGUCGGGGCUCAUUCCUCGGAGACUAUAAUUUCUACGGAAAAGCGGGUCUCAACUUUUACACUCAACUGAAAACAGUGACUCAGUUGUGGUCACCGGAACACCACUCGGACACAGCGGCCACUAAUUUCCCGGUCAUGAAGUAAGAGUCAUACGAGCUUUGGAUCCUAAUCUCAAACACGCUGUCUAUUAGACAUAGUAUUUGACAUCUCAAUGGUUUUUAAAUUUAUUAAAACCUUUUUGGAAUAAAUUUCUUACAAAUUUUAAUUUUUGUUAAACAGAUAUUAUGAAUAAAAUUAAUUUUCUAUGGUUAA